CCGACCCAUUCGGUGCCCAACCGAACUCCAAAGCGACAAAACAGAUUCUCUCUACACUGACUCAAACCCCUCUCUCUAUUUCGCUGCGCUUUUGCACUGACUGAAAAUAAACCUCCGAAUUCAGAAUCAAACCUCCCAGUUCUCUGGCACUGUACACAAACCGGAGGUGAAAAGUUUGAUGACGGACAAGAGUGAAGUUGAGGCCAUCAAUUCCUUCCGGUAACGACACGGUUUGGGCGGACGUUUCGUCCCUCUUCCGGCUUGCCUGCAACGAUCUUCGAAGUGAUGAGUUCAGAAGUGGAGAGAAUUUUAACCUUCUUGCUGCCAUGUCUGCUUUAGAGAUGAGUUUAGCAGCAGACUCUCCAGUACACUCGUCAAGCAGUGAAGACUUGGCAGCAUUUCUUGAUGCAGAGCUGGAUACUGUAUCUGAUGCAUCAGCAGAUCCUGAAGAAGUCGCGGAAGGAGAAGAGGAGAGUGAUGAUGGUGACGAGGGCAACUAUGACUUGGAUUUUAAGAGAGUGAAGAGGCGCAAGGUGGAAUUGUCCGAAGGCAUAAAUCCACAAAGUUCCUCUUCCCAAGGAGAACCAGCACAAGUUGUUGGUGGCUUGUUGCCCAAUAUGUGUCCACAUCCUGGUGUUUAUGCAGGAAUGUGCAUGCGGUGUGGGCAAAAGAUGGAUGAUGAGUCUGGUGUUGCAUUUGGGUACAUACAUAAGAAUUUGAGGCUUGCUGAUGAUGAGAUAGCCCGAUUACGUGACAAAGACUUGAAGAACUUGCUACGUCAUAAGAAACUUUGUUUGGUUCUUGAUUUAGAUCAUACGCUGCUCAAUUCAGCUCGGCUUCCUGAUAUUACAGUGGAAGAAGGAUACUUAAGCCAAAGAGAUGCUUUGCCAGAUGCCUUAAAGAGCAGCUUAUUCAGACUGGAUCGGAUGCAGAUGAUGACCAAGUUGAGGCCAUUUGUGCACGUGUUCCUUAAAGAAGCUAGUAAUUUGUUUGAGAUGUACAUAUACACCAUGGGUGAACGUCCAUACGCUUUAGAAAUGGCAAAGCUGCUUGAUCCUGGAGAUGUUUACUUUAAUUCCAGAAUAAUUGCGCAAGGAGAUUGUACGCAGAGGUACCAGAAGGGUCUUGAUGUUGUUUUGGGGCAAGAAAGCGCAGUCCUCAUACUUGAUGAUACAGAAGCGGUAUGGGGAAAGCAUAAGGAGAACUUAAUAUUAAUGGAAAGAUAUCACUUCUUUGCUUCAAGUUGCAAGCACUUUGGUUUCAAUUGUAAAUCACUUUCUGAACUAAGAAGUGAUGAGAGUGAGACUGAUGGAGCACUGGCUACUGUUCUCAAAGUUCUUCAGCAUGUCCACGGUUUGUUCUUUGACCCGGGAUACAAGGAUCAUUUAGAGGACCGAGACGUGAGACAGGUGCUAAAAACAGUUCGUAAGGAAAUUUUAGAGGGCUGCAAAGUUGUCUUCAGCCGUGUCUUUCCAACCAAUUUCCCUGCUGAGGAGCACCACUUGUGGAAAAUGGCGGAGCAACUGGGAGCAACAUGCUCAUUAGAACUCGAUCCAUCUGUUACACAUGUGGUCUCUAUGGAUGCAGGAACAGAUAAAUCCCGUUGGGCAGUGCAGGAAAAGAAAUUUCUGGUCCAUCCAAGGUGGAUUGAGGCUUCAAACUACAUGUGGCAAAAGCAGCCGGAAGACAGCUUCCCGGUUAGCCAAGCCAAGAAUAAAUGAUCCGUUUGUCCUCUGCAUCUAACCUCCGUUGACAAAUUUACUUGCACUCAUUUUUCAGUUGUUUCCAUGAGGUGUACUGUCCAACCUGGCUAGUUAAAGCAGUUGUUGUUUUGUAUUGCCUUAACUAAACCUUCUCUUUCAGCCAACUUUAGUAAAGAUUUCGAUGAAGGUGUCUACAAAAGUGAACCUUCCAUCAGAUCCAAGAUUUUGUAAACCUUGAUAGCGAGUUGAGAAGUUCAUCCCGGUUUUUGUACAUAACCAGUUUAGGAACGCAGUUUAUCUUCAUUAAGCUAAUGUAAUCUGCAGUUUACACCAUGGGAUUAUUGUACGGUUAGCCCAAGACAUCAGAUUUGAAGUUUAUGUUCGACACCAAGGUACUGAAUGUUGUGGGA